GCUGUAUUUAUUUUGAUACGACUCCCCAACUAAACCAACCAAAGUGUGAAUCAUCUUUUGGGAAAAACAUUAAAUGCUCGGCUGAAUUUGCACAAUCAGGAAAAUAAAUUCAACAAUGUUUAACAAUAUAUUUGGAAAGAAACCCACCGCAAAGGAGCAGCAGCGUGAAAAUGAUAAAAGCCUGCGAAAGGCGACGCGCGACAUUGAACGGGAGCGUCGCAAACUGGAGGAGGAAGAGAAAAAGUUGGAGGCAGACAUUAAACGCAAUGCAGCAGCGGGAAACAAGGAUGCUUGCCGCAUACUGGCCAAGCAGCUGAUAGAAAUUCGCAAACAGAAGACGCGCACGUACGCAGCUACAGGAAAGAUUCAGUCAAUUGGGUACCAAAACAAAAACAUGGGGGCAAAUAUUGCUCUGGGCGAGGCAAUGGGCACCACAGCAAAGACCAUGGCCGACAUGAAUAAGGUGAUGCGGCCAGAGGCGAUUGCGGCAAACGUGCGUGACUUUCAGCAAGCUAAUAUGCGUAUGGAAAUGACUGAUGAAAUGAUAAACGACACAUUGGACGACAUGCUAAACGAAUCCGGUGAUGAGGAGGAGUCCAAUGCAGUUGUAAACAAAGUUCUUGACGAAAUUGGCAUCGAAAUCUCAGGUAAAAUGGCCAGCAUUCCAGCCACUGGAUCGGGUGAAUUCGAGACGAGCGGCAAACGAACCGAAAAGGACAUUGCAGAGCAACUGGCAAAGCUUCGCUCUUCCUAAUAGCUGUGGUUGGUGCCUUUUAAUCUCCUUCUGCCUCAAAAAAAUUGUAUAUUGUAUUUUUUUAAACACGCUGUUGUUAUUCAUAGCACGUAAGCGAAUAAAUCACAUCAUGUAUUUAUAUAUUGAA